AUGGCAAACAAGUUUGGGGCCGUUCUGACCGCGAAGCAGGAGCGGCAAGCAGGCGUCAGCAAUGCAAGCAUCUGGUAUACCAGCGGGAAUAGUGGUAAAGAUCUCUGGAAGCUCAAGGCCAACAACCCCGAGCUUUUUGCCAAGAAGGCCAAGCAGGCUGGACUAGAUCCGGACAUCGUUCCACCUGGGUUUGAGGAGACGGAGAAGGCUGGGUGGUACUAUAACCGAGCUGACAAGAUUUUCUUCGUCACUUUGACAAAGAAGUUCUUGUGGUUUGACGAGGAGAGUGGAGAGCACAAGGAGCUCUACGAAGGUGAAGCUCUGCCUUUGACCUUCGGCGGUGGUGCGGCCUCGCUGGCUGAGGCGAACGGAGCCAAAGCGGGCCCCAAGACCGUGGUGAUUCCGGACUUGCAUCGGGUGGCUUCGGCCUUGAAAGUGGACCUUUCACACGUUGACAAGCCCGCGGCCAUGCUGGGCGUUUUCACCGGGGAGAUGGCCGCGCGGAGCUUUCAUGAGAAGCUGGUGAAGCGCUUGGGACUGAACCGGAGCCGGUGGCUGGAUCAUCAAUUGGCCUCGGCGAUGGAGAAGGUCCUGCAGGAGGUGUCAUCGGAGUCCAUUCAAGUGUCUGUCAUCGCGACCUUUGGCGGCAGGGCCUGCGGGGUUGCCACGCCAGAAGCAGCCUUUCGGCUGUCGCUGCGACCCACACAGGCCGGUGGAUUGCUGAAGCCGACUGCAACUGCUGUACCGACUGCUUCAUCUCGCUCCAGAUGUCUGGUUUUGAAAGCUGGUGAUGAGCUGUUUGCUGCUGCCACCGUAGGGGGUUCGGCAAGACAGAACCUGGAAGAAGACUUUGAGAAAGUCCUGGCCCCGCAAUUGAUGAAGGGCUGGGCACGCGCAGGUGCCAUUGCCCUUCUCAAGUCUGCCAGAAAGCGCAGCGCAGCUGAGCCCUUGGCCGUGGCAUGUGCUCGCCUGCUGCCGGAUUUGAGUGAUGCCCUCGACCUGCCCCCGGCGAAGCGCCCGAAGGUGGACUUGACGAGUCCCAUCUUCACCGUCGGCACUUCUGGCACUUCUGGUGGUGGUGGCAAAGCUGACCAGGUUCGGCUGCGGCAGAUCUUGCUGCGGACUGCUGGAACUGGCCCACCAGUGAUGGAUCCCAUCCGCCGUCGACAGGUGAAGCGAACUCAGGAGGAGGCUGAGUCGGAGAUGUUCGACAUUCUUCAAAGCCUGGAAGCAGAUGGCUUCAAGAACUUUCAGAAGGUGUGCCGGAACGUGUCCGAAUGCCCAUCGGCAUUGAAGGGAGGCGACCUGGUGGGUGAUAUGGGCUGGCUGGAUCGUGUGAAGGGAGUGGGCAUCCAGCAGGACAAAGCCAAGCAAGGCGUGCGACCUCAGGUUCCUGCAGCUGUGCAGAAAGCGGCAUUCCAGCUUGCAGUGGGCGAGGUUCACGACUUAGUGACCACCGAUGCUGUAGCGCUGACGGAGCUCGACUUGAGCCUGCCGGCUGAGGCCGCAGGCUUGGUGCAGCCGCCUGCCGCCAGACGGCCAUGGGAGCUUGCCGCAUUGGCUCCCGAGCCGACCGAAGAGCUGCUGCUGUGCGAAGACGACUCCGAGGUCCCUGCGAUUGAGUCACAGGCGGCCAAGGAUGAGAGUGAGUCCGUACAAAACGAAGAUGCACCCCUUUGCAACGAAGGCUCGACUCCUGGCCCUCUUCCCGCCCCUUGCAAAGAACGAGGAGCGGGCAAGGCCAAAGCAAAGUCGGUCAGAGCCAAAGCGAAAGGCAAAGCAAAGCCCAAAGCCUCGCGCAAAGAGGAGGCAAUGGUCGCUGUUCCCUCCAUGCGGCCAGAUGCCAUCCCAACGGCAGCGGCUCGGCUGGGAUCGCAGAACGAUGCGCGGCUCUUGCGAUCCCGGGAGGCGAUCUUCCCGGAUGCACUCAUCCCGAGGCGCGGAGACUCCACCGAUGUCCUCUAUGGCAUUGAGGAUGAGAUGUGGGACGGGGAGGUGAAGCUGCAGGUCUACCACCUCGCAAAAGCCGUUAAGGUGGUGGGCCUGCCCAUCUACCAUACUGGGGUAGAGGUCUACGGCAUGGAGCACUACUUCUGCUUGGAGGGCGUUGAGACAUGCUGGCCACAAGGCUACGGCCAAGGCGUCCACAAGCUGGCAGUACCUCUGGGGAAGACGAAGCUCAGCAGUUCCCGUGUCGACCAGGUCAUCAGAAAGAUGAAGCCCAAAUGGCCGGGAAAGGAAUACAAGUUGCUGAGCCACAACUGCCAAAGCUUUGCAGUGGAGUUGGUAUCUGUGCUACUACCAAAUGUCUCUGUUCCUUCGGAGUACUGCCGCUUUGCAGGGCCCAAGCCCAAGCCAGCUCCAAAGCAGACGCUCUUGUCAUCCAGGAUGUACUGA